AUGGCUCCUGAUUUAAAAGAAUAUUCUUCUACUGAAGUUGCUUUACAUAACUCCAAAGAGUCAUGUUGGAUUAUAUUAAAUGACAAUGUUUAUGAUGUUACAAAAUUUCUUGAUGAACAUCCUGGUGGUGGAGAGGUUAUCCUAGAUCAAGCAGGUGGAGAUGCAACAGAAGCCUUUAAUGAUGUUGGUCAUUCAUCAGAUGCUGUUGAAAUGGCUAAAGAAUAUCUCAUUGGUAAAUUACCAGUUGAUGAAGUAGCUACCAAAAAGGGUACUAAUUCUGGUAAUACUGCUUCUUCAGAAAAUUGGAAAGAAAUUCUCACCAGUCCUACAUGGACUAAUUUUCUGAUUCCAGUAGCAAUGUCUAUCAUUGUUUAUGUUGUUUAUCGUGGAGUUAAAGUUAUGUCUGGCAACAAUUGA